AAAUUAAACGCGGGUACCAGUGCUUGUUGUAAAUUCCAUUCGCAGCAGUUUCAGGCUGCACAGAACAAUCGUUGCACGAAAAUCAUGUAUUCAUCACCUUAGAUUGUUCGAAAGACACGCAGCAAUGCAGGCUGAAGAUGCAAGAUAUCUGAAAAGGAAGGUGAAGGGAGGCAGCAUAGAUGUUCAUCCUACAGAGAAAGCGCUGGUGGUCAACUAUGAGUUGGAGGCAACCAUCUUGGGAGAGAUGGGAGACCCCAUGUUGGGGGAGAGGAAAGAAUGCCAGAAAAUAAUCAGGGUUCGGAGCCUGAACUCUGCCACAAACAUCGCUGCCCUGGCCAGGGAAGUAGUGGACAAAUGCAAGCUGAUCCAUCCCUCCAAGCUGCCAGAGGUCGAGCAGCUGCUGUACUACCUGCAGAACAGGAAGGAAACGGCGUCAUCAGCUGGUUCCAAGAAAGGAGUGAUGACUGGGAGAUUGAAAGACCCACCACCUUAUGAGGGGACGGAGCUGGAUGAGCAAGCUAACAUCAAUGAUGUAGAGGAUUACAUUGAGUUACUGUACGAGGACAUUCCGGAGAAGGUUCGCGGCACGGCGCUCAUACUACAACUGGCUCGGAAUCCAGACAACCUGGAAGAAAUUUUGCAGAAUGAGACUGUUCUUGGGGCGCUUGCUCGCGUCCUUCGCGAAGACUGGAAGAGGAGUGUAGAGCUUGCCACCAACAUUGUCUACGUCUUCUUCUGCUUCUCCAGUUUCUCCCAGUUCCACAGCGUCAUCGCACACUUCAAGAUCGGCGCCCUCGUCAUGUCCAUUGUUGAACACGAGAUCAAGAGACACGACCUGUGGGUGGAUGAACUCCAGAAGAAGAGGAAGGCUGCUGAGGAAAGUCCUCAAGCCAAGAAAGAUUAUGAGAAGAACAUGAAGAAGUAUCAUGGACUCCUGAAGAAACAAGAACAGCUCCUCAGAGUCUCCUACUAUUUACUGCUGAAUUUGGCGGAGGACACCAAGGUUGAGAUGAAGAUGAGGAAUAAGAGCAUUGUCCCCAUGCUCCUCAAGACGUUGGACAGGGACAACUACGAGCUGCUCAUCCUGGUCGUGUCGUUCCUCAAGAAACUCAGCAUCUUCUCAGAAAACAAGACUGACAUGGCACAGCAUCAAAUUAUUGAGAAAUUGACAAAGCUGAUCCCUUGCGAUCAUGAGGAUUUACUGAAUAUCAGCCUUCGUCUUCUGCUGAACCUAUCCUUUGACACGGACCUCAGAGGCAAGAUGAUCAAGCUUGGACUCAUGCCAAAACUUGUUGGCCUUCUAGGCAAUGACAACCAUCGAUUGAUCGUUCUAUGCAUUCUGUAUCACAUCAGCAUGGAUGAUAAAGCCAAGUCGAUGUUCACCUACACUGACUGCAUACCUAUGGUAAUGAAGAUGAUUCUUGAGAGUCCCGGUGAACGCAUUGAGCUAGAGCUAGUCUCUUUAGGCAUCAACCUGGCAUGCAACAAACGCAACGCGCAACUCAUCUGUGAGGGCAACGGGCUGCGACUCCUGAUGCGCAGGGCGCUGCGAUUCAAAGACGGACUCCUGCUGAAGAUGGUGCGGAACAUCUCACAGCAUGACGGCCAAACCAAGACGCAAUUCAUUGAGUACAUCAGCGAUAUCGCCAGCGUGGUCAAGAACUCUGAUGAUGAGGAGCUAGUAGUUGAAGCGCUAGGCAUCCUGGCAAACCUGACCAUACCAGACUUGGACUAUGAGCUGAUCCUCAAGGAGUACAAACUGGUGCCUUGGAUUACACAGAAACUGGAACCACGUGCAGCAGAGGAUGACCUUGUGCUGGAGGUCGUCAUGUUGGUUGGCACGGUGGCUAUGGACGACUCGUGCGCUGCCAUGUUGGCUAAGUCCGGAAUUAUACAGAGUUUGAUUGAAUUACUGAAUGCUAAGCAGGAGGACGAUGAGAUAGUGUGCCAGAUUGUUUACGUCUUCUACCAGAUGGUAUUCCAUGAAGCGACGAGAGAAGUCAUCAUCAAGCAGACUCAGGCACCAGCCUACCUGAUUGACCUGAUGCAUGACAAGAACGCUGAAAUACGCAAAGUGUGUGAUAACACGCUGGAUAUCAUCUCAGAAUUUGAUGAGGAAUGGGCCAAGAAGAUCAAACUAGAGAAGUUCCGUUGGCACAACUCCCAGUGGCUGGAGAUGGUGGAAUCGCAACAGAUGGAUGAGAGCGACGGUAUGAUGUACGGCGAUGAGGGAUACAGUCCUUACAUCCAGGAGUCUGAUAUACUGGAUAGACCCGACCUCUUCUAUGGACAACAAGGUUAUGAUGAUGGUGAGAUGUACGAUGGAGUUGUCACUCCUGAUUACAUUGAUGAAUAUGGCAAUGUACAGAAUGGUGACUACAUGGGCUCCCCUGGCUCCGCGAUGUAUGGCAACAGAUAUAGCCAGGAGUUCCGACCAGAUUCACGCAUCCAGUACGUCCCAGGCGGACAAGCCAUCGAUGAAUACGGCCAACCAUUGGAGGUAUACGGGGGACCAGCUGUUGACGAGUAUGGCCGGCCAGUACAGGAGGGGUACGGUUACCAGACCCACGGCUCACAGGACUAUGGCUACAGGGGAAGCUACGAUUACAGAUAGGGAGUGUGGGAUCGGGAUAGUAAGGUCAUCCAUAGGUCACAGGGUCAAAGUUCAAGAUGACGAUGGCAAAAUGUGUGUUUCUCAGUACUUUUCAAACUGUACUCAAAAUAAUAACAGAAUCGGACCCUUCGUUGAUCACUUCAAAACAGUACUUGGUAGUGUCAUUUGAUAGUUUUUAACAUUAAAUGAAUGUCUACUUGUAAGUAGUUGGCUGCAUAAAUUUGAGAUGGCCUCUACUCAGUUAAAUCAACUGUAUGGGUGCGAGUCAUCAGCAAAGGUGGGAAAUUUGUCUUGUAGACACUUGUCCAUAUUGUAGACUUAUGGGUCGUUUUAUAGAUUAAGGGUCCAAAGUGCGACAUUUUUCCUGUCCCUGUUGCCCUGGUAUUUCAAGUAUCAUUAAGAAUAAGCUCAAUUUUUUAUUUGUUGGGAAGGACGACUGGGAAGGACGACUGCGUGUAAGGUGUACAUCAGAAUUAUAAAAUCUUAGAUGUAAGAUGCAACCGGGACAGGAAAAAAAGUGGACCUAAAUUUAUAGAACGACCCUUAUAGAUGAAAAAGAUGAGAUAUAAGUCAUGUCAGUACACGAUCCUCAUUAAAUGAAACAUGGUUGUAACU